CUUCGCGGGCUGCUCUUUGUCUGCCGGACCGCGGCCCCUGCCAUCGCGGCUGCGGCGUGCCGGUUCGUCUGGCUCCUUGUCUAACAUCUCCCCGCACGGACUCCGCCGCCCUCGGAGGGUUUAGAGGAGGAGGGAAUUGGGGAAAGUUGCAAGCAAAACAUCAUUUCUCAAAGAAAAUUUUGGGUAACAGAAGUUCUGGAUAACAGGGCAAAGCAAGUUGAUCACCAUGAGUUGGAGCUUCCUGACUCGCCUGCUAGAGGAGAUCCACAACCAUUCCACAUUUGUAGGGAAGAUCUGGCUCACUGUAUUGAUUGUGUUUCGGAUUGUUCUAACAGCUGUAGGAGGAGAAUCCAUCUACUAUGAUGAGCAAAGCAAAUUCGUGUGCAACACAGAACAGCCAGGCUGUGAGAAUGUUUGCUAUGAUGCCUUUGCACCACUCUCCCAUGUGCGAUUCUGGGUGUUCCAGAUCAUUCUGGUGGCAACUCCCUCUGUGAUGUACCUGGGCUACGCCAUUCAUAAGAUUGCCAAAAUGGAGCAUGGUGAGGCGGACAAGAAGGCAGCUCGGAGCAAACCCUAUGCGAUGCGUUGGAAACAGCACCGGGCUCUGGAAGAAACAGAAGAGGACCAUGAAGAGGAUCCUAUGAUGUAUCCAGAAAUGGAAUUAGAAAGUGAAAAAGAAAAUAAGGAGCAGAGCCAACCGAAACCCAAGCAUGAUGGCCGACGUCGGAUUCGGGAGGAUGGGCUCAUGAAAAUCUAUGUACUGCAGUUGCUGGCAAGGACCGUGUUUGAGGUGGGUUUUCUAAUAGGGCAAUACUUCCUAUAUGGCUUCCAAGUCCAUCCAUUUUAUGUGUGCAGCAGACUUCCUUGCCCUCAUAAAAUAGACUGCUUUAUUUCUAGACCCACUGAAAAGACCAUCUUCCUUCUGAUAAUGUAUGGUGUUACAGGCCUCUGCCUAUUGCUUAACAUUUGGGAGAUGCUUCAUUUAGGGUUUGGAACUAUUCGAGACUCACUAAACAGUAAAAGGAGGGAACUUGAAGAUCCGGGUGCUUAUAAUUAUCCUUUCACUUGGAAUACACCAUCUGCUCCCCCUGGCUAUAACAUUGCUGUCAAACCAGAUCAAAUCCAGUACACGGAAUUGUCCAAUGCUAAGAUCGCCUAUAAGCAAAACAAAGCCAACAUCGCCCAGGAGCAGCAGUAUGGCAGCCAUGAGGAGCACCUCCCAGCUGACCUGGAGACUCUGCAGCGGGAGAUCAGAAUGGCUCAGGAACGCUUGGAUCUAGCAAUCCAGGCCUACAAUCACCAAAAUAACCCCCAUGGUCCUCGUGAAAAAAAGGCCAAAGUGGGGUCCAAAACUGGGUCCAACAAAAGCAGUGCUAGUAGCAAAUCAGGGGAUGGGAAGACCUCCGUCUGGAUUUAAUCUUUGCUGGGCUUAAAACUUGGGCUUUUCAUAGUUUAUGGUAAGCAACGGCUCACUGAAUAAUGACUUCCAUUGAGUAAACAUUUGGCUCUGGUUAUCUUCAGGGAUGCUGUUGGCUCAUGAUCCAAACUCAGGGGACUCUGAAGGUGGGGCUGGGAUAAGUGGGGAAAGGAAAACACAGUGUUCCAGGGCACAUGUUCUCAGCAAUAAUACAGUUGCAGAACUUUACAUUUGUGUCUUCCAGAUCCAGAGAAGAACAGAUAUAUUUAAAUCAUUCUUGUUGAACAGUUUUUGUAUGUACAGUAUUAUGGUACAUUUUUUUUUCUUUUUCCUUUUUUUUUAGUAUGAGAACUUUUUUGUAUUUGUACAUUGAACUGCUGUAGUUACACUUUUUUAUAUUAAAGGAAAAAAAUCCUUGUAAGUAAUGCCUAUUAGGCUAGUGUUAUUUGUUUAGCAAAAUCUACCCUGGAUUUAGAGUUUUAGUAGAUGCUACGCUCAAUACAAGUGCCUCUCAUGUUGCAGGGAACAUUUUAAGGAGACUGAGGAGGAGAUACCAGUUUUCUGUCUUAGAAAGACUGCAUUAUAAAGAGAUUGAGAUCUUGUCUCUUCUACCUGAGAAAUCUGGGAAUCUCACUUUUAUGACCAGAGCUGUAGCCAUUCUUUGAAAAUAUGUUUCCAAAGGAUGUAAAUGAUUCACUGCAGGAUUUCUUCAAAUACCGAGCAUUGCCAGUAUGUGCUUUGAUGGUGUAUACAUAAAUUCUUUCAGAAGUCUGAUAUGCAGUGGUGUCUCCCGUCCAGUAGCAGUAUGAAGCAUCUCACUAGAGUUGAUGCUAAGCCACUUGUCUCAGAGAGCUUAGUUGCACCUGGGAAAUGAAGCCUAAUAGAAGUUCAAUUGUGAACCCUUUUGAUUAGCCUUAAGCCCCUAUCGAGAAACCUGCCCAUCUCUCUCUGGUUUCUUAAGCCAAUAAUGGAUAUUUUCCAUAUUUGUUACCAUUAGAAAUAUAAAAAUUCACUUCUAGACUAAGAACAUUCAAAACUUCCUGUACUGCAGAUGGCAGAAGGCCUAAAUUCAGAUUUUUAGAAUUUUUUUUAUAAUGGAAUUUAUGACUGACUGCCACCAAUGUAGG